GCGAGCGCACGACAGUGGUAGGAGCGUCUGCGCAGAAAAUUCCACACGGCGAUUACGUGCGUCAAGAGAGCGAGACUUGUCAGUCGCGCGCACGCUCGCCAUCGACUUGCAUUUUGUAAAGUACGUUAUCAUACGUACGCGAUACGCACUACGCUGAGCGGAAGUCGCUUGCUACCGAAUCCGAACAAGCCCAAGGGAGCCGUGCAGCGAAAAACAGUUGACGAGUCUGGCGUUGCCGUCGUGAGCGAAUGGUGCAUCGAGUGUAGUAAGCUAGUGUUCAAGCCGCCGUCAUCCCUGCAUGUGUGUACGUGCGCACCUGGUAAGAAGAGUCGUCGUCGAGGCGAGCUGCAGCAAGAGCAGCACGGGGCGGUUAUGAUCGUGCGGGAAAAGCCCCGCUUGCGCUCGGGGACAAUGCUGCUGUUGUUCCUUGUUGUCGCAGCUCAAGCACUCGUCACUCGAGUCACCGGAGAGCCAGACCAAGGCCACUGCGUCUGGUACGGCGAGUGCUACGGAGUGGCGCAGAGGAAGAACUGCCCCUACAAUGGCCCGGCCAAGGAGCUCACCGACGAGAAGGCCCUGGCGAUCUUCAAGCGCUACUGUCCCCACAUGAUUCCCAACGACGGGUCCAAUCCGCUCACCUGCUGCAGCCCCGAGCAGCUCAACAGCUUCAGCAGGGGCGUCGAUAUGGCCUCGGCCAUGCUGCAGCGCUGCCCCAGCUGCAUGAGCAACUUCGCCAAGCAGGUCUGCGAAUUCUCCUGCAGCCCGACGCAGUCCACCUUCGUCAACGUCACCAAAGUCGUCGCCGUCGACAACACUAGCUACGUGGACGGCAUCCAAGUUUACAUGACGCCCGAGUACCUGAACGGCACGUACAAGUCGUGCAGCCGCGUGACGAUGCCGAGCACGGGUUCGCUGGUCCUGGACGUAAUGUGCGGCGACUAUACGGCGACGCGCUGCACGCCCGAACGCUUUUUCCAUUUCUUGGGCGAUGCCACCAAUCCCUUCGUGCCCUUCCAGAUCGACUACAUCUCCACCAGUCGGCCCGUCGACCGAUUCGUGCCGAAGGAUCCCGGUGUGACACCCUGCAACCAAGCUCUCGACGCCAACUCGCCGGCGUGCAGUUGCGUGGACUGCGAGGAGAGCUGUCCCGUACCGCGGCCUCUGCCUCCGCCGCCCGAACCCUUCACUCUGAUGGGCUACGAUGGCUACGCCAUGAUUAUGACUGUCAUCUUCAUCGGUGGUAGCGCCAUUUUCAUCCUGUCAUUUGUCUGCUUCGACAAUCGCGAGAAGAUUGUUGCACGAGGGGAGGAGGUAGGCAGACAAGUGGGUAGACGUCUGGCCGCGGGUCUGCACCAACCAGGAGACGGUGCCCGCAUCGCUCUCGCCGCUGACCAAGAGGACAGCCCUCUGCAAUCCAAACGUUCCAGUGUGAUCUCGGCCGACGAUUUGCCGUCGAUUCUGCGGGACGAGACUUCGACCUUUCUCGAGCGCCUCGGCGCUAAUACCGACAAGUUCCUGCAGAAAUUCUUCUGCCGCUGGGGCACCGUGUGCGCGACCUACCCGCUGGCGGUUCUGUUUGGCGGCUUCAUUUUAGUCUUGCUGCUGGGCUUUGGUAUCAAGUUCUUACACGUCACCACCGACCCUGUGGAAUUGUGGGCGUCGCCCAACUCACGAUCACGAGUGGAGAGGCAGUACUUUGACAGCCACUUCGAGCCCUUCUACAGAACUGAGCAGAUUAUUAUCACUUCCGUGGGGCUACCGCCGAUUGAGCAUCCAACGUCGAACGGCAAAAUCACGUUCGGUCCUGUCUUCAACGAGAAAUUUAUGAAAACUGUGCUCGAGCUUCAAGAGGGUAUCAAAGCAAUUGUCACUCCGAAUAACUAUACUCUGGCCAACAUUUGCUUUGCGCCGCUUUCCGCCGCCUACACCGGCCCUACUACCGUGUCGAAGUGCGCUAUUCAGAGUGUCUGGGGUUACUGGCAAGAUAAUCUCGAAGAGUUCGAAAACAGUCACGUUGACGACAACAAUUUCACAGUCAACUACUUGGAUACUUUUAUAUCAUGCUCUCAAAAUCCCUACAGUACCACUUGUCUGGCCCAAUACGGUGGCCCCGUAGAACCAGCAAUAGCAAUGGGUGGAUUCAUCAAACCUGGUGAAAAUCUACGCAAUGUCAACUACGAGAAAGCAACCGCUAUUAUCCUAACUAUUUUGGUCAACAACCACCACAACAAGUCCAUGUUAGUACCGGCAAUGGAGUGGGAGAAGAGCUACAUUGAAUUCAUGAAAAACUGGACCAAGACUAGAAAGCCAGCUUACAUGGAUCUCGCCUUCACAUCCGAGAGAUCCAUCGAAGAUGAACUCAACAGAGAGUCGCAAUCGGAUGUCUUGACAAUUCUUGUGUCCUACAUCAUUAUGUUCGCUUACAUCGCCAUCUCACUUGGGCAGAUCAGAUCGUGCAACAGAUUUUUGAUCGAUUCGAAAAUCACGCUCGGUUUGGGUGGUGUUCUGAUUGUAUUGGCAUCGGUCGUGAGUUCUGUCGGUUUCUUUGGUUACAUGGGACUACCAGCCACGCUAAUCAUCAUCGAAGUCAUUCCCUUCCUCGUAUUAGCCGUGGGCGUAGACAAUAUUUUCAUUCUCGUGCAGACGCAUCAGCGCGAAGGACGACGACCUGACGAAUCGAUCCCGGAACAUAUAGGCCGCACGCUUGGGCAAGUUGGACCGAGUAUGCUGUUGACUAGUGUUUCCGAGAGUUGCUGCUUCUUCCUCGGUGGACUGUCCGACAUGCCUGCCGUCAAAGCGUUUGCUUUGUACGCUGGUAUGGCGUUGCUCAUAGACUUUAUACUUCAAAUUACGUGUUUCGUGAGCCUACUCACGUUGGACACGCUUAGACAAGCCAAUAAUAGAUUAGAUAUAUGCUGCUUCAUCAGAGGCUCUAAAAAAGACAGCGGUGAAGAGGCCGUGGACGGACUGCUGUAUAAAAUUUUCAAAGCGGCCUAUGUACCACUUUUGAUGAAGAAAUGGGUUCGCGCAGCAGUUAUGAUUAUUUUCUUUGGCUGGCUGUGUACAAGUAUAGCCGUGGUUCCUCACAUCGAAAUCGGCUUGGACCAAGAGUUGUCGAUGCCAGAAGACAGUUUCGUUUCGAAAUACUUUCAGUUCUUGAACACGUAUCUUUCAAUUGGACCACCUGUGUAUUUCGUUGUCAAGCAAGGCUUGAACUAUUCUGAUCCGUCAGUUCAAAAUUUGGUGUGUAGUGGAACGUAUUGUAACUCUGACUCUGUGACGUCACAAAUUUUUGUCGCUUCGGAAUUAUCAAAUAGGACUUAUAUUGCUAAGCCAGCAGCUUCGUGGUUAGACGACUAUUUUGACUGGGCAGCCUUGAAUAAAACGUGUUGUAAAUAUAACGAAACUGAUGGAUCAUUUUGCCCUCAUUCCUCUUACGUAAGUGAAUGUCGUGUUUGUGAAAUUAAUAAACAACCGCCUUUCAAUCGCCCAACGUCAAGCGAGUUUGAAAAGUUUGUGCCCUUCUUUUUGCAAGACAAUCCUGACCCUUUCUGCGCUAAGGGAGGCCACGCAGCCUACGGUAAUGGCGUUAAUUACAAACUUAAUGCAAAAACUCGCUUGGCUCAAGUCGAAGCAUCCUACUUUAUGGCAUACCACACUAUAUUGAAAACGUCCUACGACUAUUACGAGUCAAUGAGACAAGCUCGACUAGUAUCGGCUAACAUUACAAAUAUGUUGAAUACCAAUUUGCAAAAGUACGGUUACAAAGAAGAAGUCGAAGUGUUCCCAUACAGUGUCUUCUAUGUAUUCUACGAACAGUACUUAACGAUGUGGCCUGAUACUCUCAAAAGUAUUGGCAUCUCGUUGUUUGCCAUAUUCUUGGUAACGUUCCUACUUAUGGGCCUUGACAUCUUCUCGUCGCUCGUCGUCAUUAUCACAAUCACGAUGAUCGUUGUGAAUAUUGGAGGUCUGAUGUAUUGGUGGCAUAUCACACUUAACGCAGUUUCUCUGGUGAAUCUUGUCAUGGCUGUUGGUAUUGCCGUGGAAUUCUGCAGUCACUUGGUACAUUCUUUCUCUGUCUCCGUGCAUUCGACAAGAAUCGAGCGGGUAGCCGAUGCACUUACGAACAUGGGCAGCUCGGUAUUUAGUGGUAUUACUCUUACCAAAUUUGGAGGAAUUAUCGUCCUUGGCUUUGCAAAAAGUCAAAUUUUCAAAGUAUUCUACUUUAGGAUGUAUUUGGGUAUCGUGCUUUUCGGGGCCACACAUGGUCUCAUUUUUCUACCCGUCCUUUUAAGUUAUAUUGACAUGAUGUCCCAUCGACGACGACGAGAGAUCGAGCAGCACAGGGGAGGGAGAAGAGGAGCAGGGGGACGAGGCGAUCGGCCAAACGACCACAAACAUCCCGACAGUUCAGCCGCACCUCUGCUCCUCGCUGACCCUGGUCAAGGUCCUUCCAAAACCUACGCCAGUAUAACCAAUGUCAAUGACGCCGACGACGUUAAUUUCCAUGACACUUCGUAGGCCGACACAGUUGGCUCUGGUUGAUUGGCGAGCGCCAAUAUCUUUUUCUAUUGCCAGCUGCUGGACGACAAAGCAAAUUUGUCUAUAGAUAAAAAAAGCCGGUUCCCCAUCGAUCGACUUUGCCUAUGCAUUUUUCACUUGACGCCCCAUCAGAGAAGCAUAUUUUUUUAAAAACUAAUACGUAUUUGUAUCAAUCAACUUUAGAUGAUUUUCAUUCGAAGUCGCCUUCUCGCAAGUGUUCUCACUAGAAAAUCUUUCUUCGGGAACGAUGGCCAUACGCUUUGCAACACCUUGUAUAAUUUUAGGUUUUAAUUUACAUAUGUAUAUGGCGAUCGAGAAAAAGCUAGCUUCGCUGAUAAAUGACCGCUCGAAUUGACUUGGUGAUUUUUUGCCGGAAAUUGUUGGAGAUGUCUAGUUUGCUCAGCAAUACUUAUAAGUAUUGGAAAAUUUUUGUUUUAGAAAAAAUAAAAAACAUCGGCUAUUGGCAUUCAAUCGCCAAAGUUCGAUCUGGCCUACGGUUAUCAGCAGUUCGCGGCUAGCUAUAUUUACAUUGAUUUUGAAUCUUUCUCGGGGCAAGUCAUGAGGGUUUUUACUGACCUCCGAUAUCCAUAAAUAUUUUCAGUAUACACGCUGUUAAGCGUUAUUUAUUUGCUCAUUUAUUUUUCAUGCUAAUGCCAAGAAAAAAAAACAAGUCCAUUAUAUCUAACUCGACAGGGCAUGAAUACUAUAAACCAAAUUUUUAGGAAUGCUAAUGUUUCAAUGUUAUGAAAAUUAAAUAAUUAAUAUUUGAUUGUUGCUCGUCUGAACAACGAAUUUAUCAUAAGUCAGUAUUGCGAUUGGCAUUGUGUCGAUGUAAAAUUUUCUUUGCGAUCAAAUUCAUGUAAAAAACAAGUGUAAUCAGUAUUGAAAAUUCAAAAUUUAUAUCGUGCUUUUGUAUAUUGUUAAGUAAGUUUUUAUUGCGUGCAAUAAAAUGGCAGAGUGUUUUUUCUAAAAAAGAGAAAAAAACGUUACGGCGUGUUGAUGAUGAAUAAGCCUUCAACCAGUUUACUAUAACGAAUAAAAAUAUUUAUGUACUUUACGGGUUUUAAGUGUAGAAAAUAUGGUACGAAUGAGAAUUUUAUAGUAAAGGCUUCUGAAAGUUUUCAGGUAACAAAUAGAACAUCUGUGCAACAGGUGCAAUAGACAGUAGAUUUCAAAAUCAAUCUUGAUUUUUUUUACUAAUCGCAGUCAUUAACAACGUGAAACUCAGUUUCAACUUAAAAGUUUUAGUGACACGUCAAAACCAUAAUUUUCAUCAAGUCUUUCCACUACAUUUAAUACAUUUGUAAGGGGCCUAUGCACUAAUUUUUAAGUUUCUUAAUUGUAUGAAGUUUCGCUGGUUUUUUUCUUGAAACGCGCUGUAGACAUUGAGUGUAAAAAUUCGAUAGCCGUUCGUUUUACGAUCAAAUGAUAAGCGCAAAAGGAAGUAUAUAUUUAAAUGAGAUGUUCAGCUUUUGAAGCGCUAAAGCACUGAAAACUGUGAUAUGUGCUUAAAAAUCGAGCUGUUACGAAUUUUAUAAUCAACUGCCCAAUGAAGGGUCUCAUAAUCAUAAUAUUUUCAGUCUCGAUUCGACAGCGAUUCUUUUGUAUAUCAGUGAUCGGCGAAUGGCGCGGUCUGGGGCGCUCUAUCCAAAACCAUUUUGUUUUCAAUGAGCCGCAUCGAGUAUCGGGCAUCACACAAGUGCACGCGAUUCUUCGUUGGAUUUCAAUCAAAACGUUUUAUAUACAGCAAACAAUUUUUAUACAAAUUCAGUAAAUUAACAUAGACGAAAUACGACGAAGCGAGGAAAUGUUCAUAGAAGUAUUAUUGUCUGUACAUUUCGAAUUUUGGGAUGAAUGAUUUGCGAAAUAAAAAGAUGUAAAAAUAAAGUAAAAGUUGAUGUU